CAAAUUUUUGAGGAUUCUUCACGGUAGAUAACGAUUAUUGUAAAAUAAGAAUAAAAUGAAAAUAAUUAAACUUGAUUAUGGAGACGUGGAAAUUGGUAAAACGGCAAUAAAAACGAUAGAGAUAUGGAAUGAAUCUUACAAGGAACAAGUAUAUCAAGUCCAAAGAGAUCCGAUUACGAAUCCUUUGGAUCAUGUAUUUCAUUUACGUUCUUAUACUUGGACUCUAGCCUCCGAUGAAAAAUAUAUAUGCGAGAUACGUUAUCAGCCACUUGUUGCAUUUUCUAAAAAUGUUGAUUAUUUCGUAAUUAUAGAUACUAGUAUGGAAUGUACGAAAAUUAUUACUUAUGGAUGUAGUAUCGGUCCUGAAGUAACUUGUUCAACAACGAAGAUUUUUAUGAAUUGCACAAUACAGAAACCAGAAGUUAAAAGGCGAAUUAGAUUAACAAAUAAUUCUAAAGUUGCUGCGACCUUUAUGUUUAAUAUAGAUGAAAAAUGUAAGCCUUUCCAGAUAGACGCAAAAUACGGCAUUAUUAGUCCUUGUUCUCGUAAAUAUAUUACAAUUACGUUUACAUCGACAAGGGAGGGAAGAUACACUUAUUACUUGGUUGCUCUGAUUUUAUAUCAAGAACCAAUUAUUAUAGAAUUAUAUGGCUGGUGUAGUGCAUUAUCUUUUAAGACAGAUUCUGAUGCUAUUACCUAUCCUUUGAAAAGUAAAGAUGGUUUCAAAGGAUAUAUGAGAGAUGGUACUGAUACAUUAGGAGAUAUUCCUCCAAUAUCCUUAUCAAAGCAUUAUUUCAAUCUUGGACAAACUGAUGUGGAUGUAGAAAAUCUUAUUCAGACAAUACCUCAUUCAAUAUGUCUCACAAAUCAUAAUCAUUCCAAUUUAUUAAUUACCUGGGAGAAAGAUACAGAUGAAAUUUUUAAUAUAACACCUUCUGAGAUGCUAGUUUGUGCACAUCAGUCUGCUUUAUUUGAACUUACAUUUAAUCCUAAUACAAAAAGUAAUCUUUAUGGAAGAAAGAUCAUUUGUUCUGUUCUUCUGGAACAUAAAAAGCACUCUACUUUCCCAUUUGUUACAUCUGUGACAGUGAUAGGUCACUCCUUUCCUGUCAUAUCGAAUGGAUGGAUUCCACAGUAUGAAAUACCUCAAACUGUAAUAAUGCCACCAUGUAUGCCAUCAUAUCCAGUUUAUACCACUUUCCUGAUUAAAAGAUUUGGACAUUUACCUCUCAUGUUUCAAUUUGUUUCACCAUCAGCAAGUCAUUUUCUUGUAAAACCAAUGCUUGGUGUGAUUUAUCAAGAUUAUGAAAUAAUUGUAGUUGAAAUGACACCUAAACCCCAAGAUGAACAGAUUUAUAUAGAAAGAUGGACAGUAUACUUUAAUGGGAAUACGAAAAAUGAAUAUUACAUAGAUUUCAAAGGAUAUGCAGAGAAUGCAAAUAUUGUUUUUGGCAAUAAUAAUGUUUUAAGUUUUCCACCAGUUAUGCUAGGUUGUCAGCAGUUUCUACAACUUGCAAUGCGAAAUGUAACGCGUCAUACAAUAAAGUAUCAAUUUUACCAGUUGCCAUCUGAACUUAAUAUACAGUACAUAAGCGGAGAAAUCGAUGCAAAUGAUACUUUGCAUCAAGAAUGUUCCUUUUCUCCGAAUGAACCAAAUAUAGACUAUGAUUUUGAGGUACAAUGUAUUUUAAAUAUUGUAAAAAAAGGUGUACCUAUUGGGUCAAAAUAUUGUGUAAUCCUAUGUGUUCGUGGAAGUAGCGAAAUUGGGUCAUUAAGGGCAACUCCGAACGAAUUAUAUUUCAAAGAAUUAGAAUAUAACGAUACCAAGACCUUACAUUUUGAUCUUAUUAAUUCUAGUUUAGUAGAUAUUUAUUAUAAAUUAAUUUGUACACAUCGUAAUUGGCCACUUGGAAAUAUUGAGGAAGAUGUUAAAUUACAUCCAGCAUCAGAAACGAUUUUCUCAGGAUCGCAUAAAAAAAUUACAGUUUCUAUCACACCACACACAGCAGUAUAUUAUGAAUUUACAAUUCGAUAUUUGAUAAGAGUUAAUUUUCGAUCAGAUGCUUUAAUAGCUAGACAAAAACCAAUAUGGAUUUGCAAUGUAUACUGCAUGUGUAUUUUGCCUACAUUAAAAGUGCAGAAUAUAUGUGCUUUUGGAUAUAAUCAGCGUUGUACAAUUCAUAUAAGCAAACAAUUUUUAUGGAAGAGACUGCAUGUAAAUAGAUUAAACAAAAUCUUGGAAAACAUAUUACCAAAAGAAAGAAAAUCCAUAAAUAUUGAUCUUUUUCCAAUGUUCCAAUGCAAUAAAGGAGUAAUAUUGAUAGAAUGGAUUAUGAUCAAUCCUUCAUCAUUUCCUAUUACACUGGCUUUAAAAAGAAUAAAAAACUGUUCUUGUAAACCUGUUAUAAAGACAUUUGGUUAUUUGCUUCAGCAUACAGAAACUAACUGCAUACAUACAAAUCUUUGUACAGUAAACAUACGAUCUAAAACAUUACGUCCAAAGGAAGAAACUGUGAUUGGUAUGAAGAUACAUUAUACGUUAAUCGGGAAAACAGCAAUAUGUUGGGAAUUAGAUAUUGGACAUGAUCGUUAUGUUAUGUUUAACGUAGUCAUUAAUUGUUUAGCCGAGUCUCGGUCACAAGAUAAUUUCUUAAGCACUGCAUCCGUAAAUUUCGGACGAACUUAUUUUGGAAACAAAGGGAUAAUGUAUAGGGUAAAUUGGAUACACAAUAUUACAAAUAAUGAUUUACCGUAUUCGAUAGAUAUUAAUAACAUCUGCAGAGUGAAUAAAGAUUAUCAUUAUGAAGUAUUUUCAUGUUUAACACAAUGUGGUGUUAUAAAGACUGGAACAGCUAUACCUCUUCUUUUGAAGUUCCAACCAAGAAUGUUUGGUACAUAUAAGGUAAUAGUUCCAAUAACUAUGGGUGACAAAACAGAAGAAUUGACAAUGGAAGGAGAGUCAACUUUUGAUUUUAGAUUAGCCAGUUAUGCGAGAGCUAUACCAUCUUAUUGUGCUUGUAAAACUUCACUAUUUCCUGCAUAUUUCAGUAUUGAUUGCAUCGAUGUGUGGUUUCUACCUAUGCAUAAUGUUAUUGUCAAAAUGCUUUUAGUUUAUAACAACUUAGAUUUCGAUGCACUCGCUUAUGAGUGGAUAUGUCAAGACAUACCAGAGAUACUGUACAUCGACGUAUUUCCUCGAAAGGGUAUACUACAUCCAAAGGCAGUGCAGAGUUUUAGAAUAAAAAUCUACACCAAAGGAUAUCCUUGUCGAAUCGAUGUUCAUAUACCUUGUAUAUUUUUCAACGCUAGUAAAAGGCGGAUAUAUCAAAGAAGCAUUAUCAAACAUGCUAUUCUAAGUCAAGAAUUAGCAGGACAAUUUACCAUUACAGAAAAAGGCAUUUAUGUCCCAAAACCGUGGAUAAAAAUACUCGAUAAACCUGAUGUAUACUACAAAACAUUGAGUUUACGUUGUAGUGUAUGUACCAUAGAAGAUGAAUCUACAAAAGUCAGUUUAUUAAAUGAAUUAAAAGCUUCUCCAGCAAAUGUAAUUUAUUUUGAUGAUAGUAAAAAAUGCAAUGUUAUAGACGAGAAAGAGCUUUGUAUAGUGAAAUUUAUUUUAGAAGGCUUAUUAUGGGAUAUUGUCAAUAGUAAAAGAUUUAAAAAAAUAGUUGAAGACAGUCUGAUUCCUAACAGAAAUUUGUAUUAUACCCAAUUUAUGAUGGAUAUUUCGGAGCGAAAGAGAUUAAUACGGAGAUCAUAUAUAUCACCGCCAUUAACGUUUAUUGAUUCAUUACUAGAGCAAAUGUUAUUUUCUAUAAUACACGAUGAAUUUUCCUUGAAAACUGCGCAUUUGAUUCCCAAUGAAGAUAUACGGCAUCGCAACUAUCUUAAAAUGUUACCCAAACAAAAAAGAACUGAUUUGGAAAAUGAGUUGGAAGAAGAUAGACAUGAUGGAUCUAAUGAUGAGGAUAAUAACAACGUGGACUCCCAAUAUUUGAGGACUGGAUUUAGAGUAUCUUUUGUAUAAUGAUUACAAAAAAAUAUCUCCAUUUAUAUACAAGUACAUAAAGUAUUUGGCAUCAACUA